CCGAAAGGGAGCGGGAUGGGGCUGCCUGGAUUCCUGGUUCCGGAGACCUGCCUGGGAAGCCGGCCUCCAGGGUCAGCGGAGGGGAGGUCCACUCUUUGGGUCCUAAAAGAGGACCCCGCCCCCAUAGGAUCACAGCAGGCCCUGUUGCUGGUGGCGGCCUUGGCGGGCCUGGGCUUGGGCCUGAGCCUCAUCUUCAUCGCUGUCUACCUCAUCCGCUUCUGCUGUUGCCGCCCCCCAGAGCCCCCAGGGGCCAAGAGUACCCCACCGGGCGGAGGCUGUGUCACCUGGAGCUGCGUGGCUGCCCUCCUCGUCGGCUGUGCUGGCAUUGGCAUUGGUUUCUAUGGCAACAGCGAGACCAGUGAUGGGGUGUCCCAGCUCAGCUCGGCACUGCUGCACGCCAACCACACGCUCAGCACCAUUGACCACCUGGUGAGGGGGCCAGUGACUGGCCAGAUCCCUGACUCACACCCAGACUGGUCCCCCCCACAGGAACAUGGGACCCUGCACUCAGGGUCAGAGGUGGUAGAGACAGUGGAGAGGCUGGGCGAGGCGGUGAGGACAGAGCUGACCACCCUAGAGGAGGUGCUGGCACAGCGCACAGAGCUGGUGGCGGCCACCCGGGGAGCUCGGUGGCAGGCGGAGGCUGUGGCCCAGCAAUUGCAGGGGCUGGCCUUCUGGCAGGGAGUGCCCUUGAGCCCCCUGCAGGUGGCUGAAGAUGUGUCCUUUGUGGAGGAGUACAGGUGGCUGGCCUAUGUCCUCCUGCUGCUCCUGGAGCUCCUCGUCUGCCUCUUCACCCUCGUGGGCCUGGCGAAGCAGAGCAAGUGGCUGGUGGUCGUGAUGACUGCUAUGAGCCUCCUGGUGCUUGUCCUAAGCUGGGGCUCCAUGGGCCUCGAGGCAGCCACGGCUGUGGGCCUCAGUGACUUCUGCUCCAAUCCAGACACCUAUGUUCUGAACCUGACCCAGGAGGAGACUGGGCUCAGCUCAGACAUCCUGAACUAUUACUUCCUGUGCAACCAGGCCAUCACCAACCCCUUCCAACAGAGGCUGACUCUGUCCCAGAGAGCUCUGGCCAAUAUCCACUCCCAGCUGCAGGGCCUGGAGCGAGAAGCAGUUCCCCAGUUCCCAUCUGCACAGAAGCCUCUGCUGUCCUUGGAGGAGACGCUGAAUGUGACAGAGGGAAACUUCCACCAGCUGGUGGCACUGCUACACUGCCGUGGCCUGCACAAGGGUGCUCACCUGGGCUCUCAUCCCAGGACUACGGUGUGGCGCUGCGCGGCCUGUGUGAAGACGCACUGGAGGGCCUGCUCUUCCUGCUGCUCUUCUCCCUCCUGUCCGCUGGGGCCCUGGCCACCACCCUCUGCAGCCUACCCCGAGCCUGGGCCCUCUUCCCACCCAGUGACGACUAUGAGGACACUGAUGAUGACGACCCUUUUAACCCUCAGGAAUCCAAGCGCUUUGUGCAGUGGCAGUCCUCUAUCUGAACCCCUCCUCCCCGCCGGCCUGGAGCCUGCCUCCCCUCGACGCUCCUUCCCUGGCCGCAGGAGGAGACCCCAUUAACCUGCCUGACUGGGCUCUGACCACUAACACUGAUGGCCACGGACACCCUCCACAGGACUGUCUCCUGCUCUGGCCCCUGUGCCCCCAUCUGUCCUCACCCCUGUGGUAGCUGAGGGGGCAGAGCAGGAGCCAGAGCUGGCAGGGGAGGAGGCAGGCAGACACCCAGGCCUCAUCUCUGCUGCCAGUCCCAUUCACAAAGGGACUGGAAUGGGUGCAGAGACCGCAGUCUUCCUGCCCCUCCCUACCCCAGGGAGCUCCAGGGCUCUGGUCUCAACUUGUGGCACUAACUUGGAAAGGAUUGAUUUGAAAUAAAAAGGAAGACUUUA